GGGGUACUUGUGACGCGGAAGGAGACUGUAUAAAACCACGUGUUUGGCGCAGGAGAACCGCAUCAUUUCAAAAUGCGGCAUCUACAUAUCCUUUUCUAUUUGAUCUCGUCCGGCCUACUUGGUGCCAUCGGGAUCCUCGACAUCCACUUCGAACCCCACCCAUCGUAUCUCCAAGACGAAGCACUACUGAUGUGGAUCCUGCGGGGGUUGCGGAACAGUUACAUCCCCGUUGUCUAUCGGGAUGCCCGGCUGGAUGCUGGAGACGGACUGACCAGAGGAAUCCCCCACGAAAUGGCCACGGUGGAAUUCGGAAUGGAUGCCGGAUCGGUGCCUAAGGUGGACACGGUUGCCUGGGAUGAGGGAUCGUACUUGCAGCAUACUUUCAUCUUCCUCUCUCGUGACCGUCGGCUCAUCAACAGGACUCUGGAAUCCAAUGAUGAACUACUGAAAGGUACGACGAAGCUUUUCGUGUACCUGGGAACCCUGAGUGAAUCCAUGGUGAAGUCCUUCUACAAGGCCUUCCCUGGGGAGAACACCUACCUCUUCGGAUACAUGCCCCUGACGGAGAGAAACGGGAGUUCCACGGCCGUGUCCUUCCGUGUCUACAAUCGCUGUCUCUACUGCCAAGGAGGGAAACCAAAGGUCGUACUCGUCGAUGCGGUCUCUUGGGCUCUGGGAGACACCAUGCAAUCGAAAAUGGCCCCCCCAACGUCCAGUUUCACUGGGAACUUCUAUGGAGCAAGGCUCCGCAUUGGCGCCAACCUCGGGGAGCCAUUCAUCCACUUCGUCGAGGGCCAGAAGAAGAAUUCGACCCCAGAGGGCUAUGCCGUGGACUUGGUCAACGCUCUAGCCGCAAAACUCAACUUCACCUACGACUUCGUUCUCGUCGAAGAAGGGAAGCUGUUUCUGGUCGACGGAGUGCCCGGUGGGCUGAUUGGGCUGGUCCAUAGAGCCGAGGUGGACUUCGGGAUCUCGGGACGCCUGCGCAGCCGCGGCUAUUAUCGGUACGUGAAGUACUCCACGCCGUACACGGUGGAUCGUAUCGUGAUGAUCGUAAAUAAGCCUCAGCGGGUGUCACCGUCCUCGCACCCGUUUGCCAGUUUCUCCUUGGCUUUCCUUCUCACUUGGGUCGCGUCGAUGGUGUUCUUCACCUUUUUCAUUAUGGGCAUCAGACGCUUUUUAUUCACUGGGGUUUCGUUUGUGGAACCGACAUGGUUAUCAGUAUAUCGUGUGACCACCUAUGUUUCGAUUCCUCAACGUGUCUACCUCCGCCAGUCGUCAUACCGGCUCUCUUUCGGCUUCCUCUGGCUCGCCAUGGUCAUAUUCUACGUCAUCUACCAGGCUUCGCUCCAAUCCAUGCUGAACGUCACGGAAUUCGCGUCACCUGUGAAUACCAUCGAUGACUUCGAGGACCAGGGCUUGCAAUGGCUGGUGAACGAGGGCAGUACUGCAGAUUCUUACUUCCAGGGCAACUCUUAUAUGGAGUCCGUAAAAGUCCGGUAUGUCGGGAACGAGUCAGCCUUGGAUAUCAUGAUGAAGAAUCCCCACACGUACGGGACGGUGAGCGAUAUGAUCAGCUUCCUGGUACAACUCAAUCGCCACCGGCAGGCGGAUGGCUCAAACCCUUUCUGGACACUGCGAGAGACUGUUGAUAUGUUCCUAUUGUCCAUCCCGUUUCCAAAGUUGUCACUCUUGCUAGAGUCAUUCAAUCGGGUCAUUCGACGGCUCAUAGAUGGGGGCAUCCUGAAGCGCUGGCGCGAGAUGGCGCAAUUCCGGAUUCAGCUGCGCCACGUCAAUGAUAUUCUCACCAGGAAGGAUAGUUAUUCCGAAAUGCAGCAGGUGGAGACAUUAUUACCAUUGGGGAUAGCUCAUCUCGUCGGGCCUUUCUAUCUCCUCGUGGCUGGAGAGGCGAUCGCCUUGGUCGUAUUUUUCAUCGAACUUUUCGCGGAAGUUGUGGCCAAGAGAAAUGGAGAGGCCUGCUUGGCUGUUGCUGGGAUGGAUGAUGGGGAUUCCCUAGUUCUUCUUCAGACGGUGGAAAUGGAACCUCAUCAGUUCGACAUGCAGCAGCUCCGGCUUCUCGUCUGGCUGCUCCUGAUGGGGCCCAUCGAGACCAUCGGAAUUCUUGACCUUCAGCUCGAUCCGGUGUCGCCAUACGAGGCUCUAGUGGCGUGGAUCCUGCGGAGACUGAAAUAUGAUUACUACCCCGUCGUCUAUCGGGAUGUCGGGCUGGAUGACGAUGACGGGCUGGGAUCGGAGGUGCCCUACGAGGUGGCCACGAUGGAGUUCCAGAUGGAUGCGGGUAGGGUUCCUCAAGUGGACGUGGAUGCCUGGGAUAGGGGCUCGGCCGUGCCACACGUCUACAUCUUCCUCACAAGGGACAGUCGGCUCCUAAAUAAGGAGUUGUUCGAUCGGGUCAUACGGAGUCUCGUGGAUAUGGGCAUCGUCGACCACUGGCUGGACAUGGCUCAGUUCCGGAUCCGACUCCGUAGCGUCCAAAACAUCGUCAAACGAGCUGACAGUUAUUCGGAGGCGAGUCGCGUGGAGGAGCUGGCGCCUUUGGGGAUAUCUCAUCUGGUCGGGGCAUUUUACUUCCUGAUUGCCGGCGAGGCGAUCGGGUGCAUUAUUUUCUUCGUGGAGGUCUUCGUCGGAGCACGGCUCCCUUCUGUCCGAUCUGCUCCGGCGCGACCAGGCCUGGCUCUUGCCAGGACUCCCCUAGUACCGACCAACUCUUUCCACCUUUCGUCCGAUAUUUGA